GCGUUCGACUCGUUCAAACUGGCUACUUCGUCUAGUUCAGGGACCAAAGAGAAUGAGUUUGACGCGAGCUUCCUUGAACGUCGUCAGGGUGUGAUUGCCGAGGUGAAAGGAUCCGGGAACGUGACGAAUCGCGCAUUAUCUUCUGCCAGCUCACGAUUUCAUGCUGGAGGCUCAAAACAUCGGAAUUUACAUAUUUCAACCGUUUGCUAUGGCGUGUCCCAACACCCGCAAUGGCUUUAUCUUGUUCCUGUACUGAAUAAACCUCUGGACCGCAAAGCAGCCUAUGCUCCACCUUCCACAGAGCCGGAUUUCGCCGCGGCUCCAUAG